CUGUUCAUUUCCGGAGUUUUUGAAGAACUGGAAAAGAUUACAAACGUGUACGUCUUUACCUGAGUAGCAUCGAUAGAGUAACUGGCACUUUUUAAAUUUUAUUUAAUUAUUUGAAUCGAAUAAGAAAAUGCCAGAUUGGAUUUAAAAUGUGACCUUCAACAGCAGGGCCACGCAGGUGAAAAAAAAAAAGUCUACAGAAGCUGCUAUUUCGGACACUCAUUCCUUUCUUGAGUGUUUGUGCUAGGAUCAAAUGUCAUGACAACCAUCACAAGCACAGUGAAACGAGGAUAAGCCAAUAGCUGUUGGACCUUUUGCAGGGGAAAACUACAAGAGCGAAAAAAAGGUCACGAGGGAAUAAUUCAAAACAUCUGACAGGAAGCAGUGAAAACCAAGAUGAAACGCAGUGUUACUGGAAAAAUGGAUAUACUAUUAAACACAAAAUCAAGGAGAAAAAGUGGGAGCAGGAGUGACAGCACUAAAGAAAAAGAAGACACAGAUGUUAGUAUACAUCAUUCAGUGAUCCAGGGUACACCUCGAUUGCGUUCUAGACGUCAUAGCCAUCGUCUUCUAACAGAAAUAGAAAAAGAAUUACAGUUAAAAUUGGAAAAAGACAUACGUGAACGAAAAGAAUUACAGUUAAAAUUGGAAAAAGACAUACGUGAACGAAUGUUUGAUCCAUAUGACACCAGCUUUGAGUCAGGGUUUGUGUUCCCGUCCCCUGGGACUUCAAAAGCAAGCACUAAAGGAGUGGAACAAGAAACGUUUGAUCAUCAUGUAAAACUAUCUGGGCCAAGUAGAAUGCAUACGUUAAUGAGUCCUAUGUUAAUUCCUUGUGUUCAACACAAGCAAACACAGACAGAAAUAACAGGAAGCUUCCUUUCUAACACUUGUGAACAUUGCAUACACGUGCCUACAGGGGAAAUAAAACAAAAGUUUCCAGCUCCAGGUGAUGGGCUGAAAGUUAAUCACAUCAGAAGAGUUCCAAAACCAAGCCAGUCUAAAUAUCCUCCUUCCUGCUCCCUCUCUGUGACCUCUUUUGUUGAUGAAUCAGCAGCAGGUAGCAGCACAGCAAAUCCUGAGAGUGAAGAAAUUGUGACACACUGUAAUAUGAAAUUAGAAGCCAUGCCAGAUGAUUAUAAACUUCAAGGAACAUCUGGAUCUAGUGGGCUGUGCAGCAGAUCCUGCCUCUUGCCUUGUUCUCACAGCAUGGUCUCAUUGAGCAAAAUACCCUGCGCAAAGAACAACUUCACACAAGUAAACAGCUCACCUGAUAUGCUGUUAAAUGAGUUUACACCAGUUAUCACUGAUGAUUUUGAUGAUGAAAACUACACUUUCCAGUGCUCCUGUCCAGGCCUGUACCAGUGCAGUGUGACCGGCCUGGUGUUUUUAAUGAAGGGAGAAGGAGACGUGGUUUACAGGACUGUCCCUUGGAACAGGAGGCUGCUGACCCAACACCACAAGAAGCCUGCAGGACCCCUGUUUGACAUCACAUGUCAGCAGCAGUCUGUGUGUCAGCUUUGUCUCCCACACUGUGAGAUCAUCUCCACAGGUGGAGGUCAGUUCUUGCAGGUCGCUCAUGUGAAGGAUGAGGGCAUCGAGUUCAUCACCCCUCAGCGGAUAACGGAAAGUCAUGUUGUUAUAAACAUCACAGGAUUUUCUGGCUAUGGUAAUGUGAAGGAUGAAGACUCUCCCCCUGGCCCAGUCCAAGCUUUGGUUCUGCUCUUCUACAAACCCCCAGUUGAUCCUGAUCCCAGUUCCAUCCUCAGUGUGUUGUUGUUGCCAAGGAACAUCGUGAUCCGUGAUGUACAGCGCACCAGGAGGAAACUAAAUGGAGAUGAGAGGUACAUAGACACACCCCCUCAUUGCAAACUGCAUCCAAAGCAGGUUUACACUCUGUCUGCUGUUCCUGAAGAUGACUCUGUUCUAGUUCAGCCAACAGACGCUGAAUUUGAUGAUGAGCACCGCGAAAGUUACUUUACAUCAUUCCGGGUGGAUUUAAGAAUAGUCUUCAGAGAUGUUAACCUGAGUCUGAAAGAUAAGAGCAGCUCCACAUGUGUUUGGGAAAGAGAUGUGUGUCUUUUCUCCCCUACAGUGGGAACUUUGAAUCGUCCUCCUUCUGAGAGGCUGUUCAACAUACGAAGCUGCUUCAUUGAAGGGAUAUCACAACCUAAUCUCAGCAGCCUGAUCGACAAACUGCUGGAGAAAACGGUGAUAACUGAUGCAGAGAGGGAGGAAGCAGACACGAUGCAAAACCCAAGGGUAAAGGCACGUUUUGUUAUUGAUACUGUGAGGAAUAAAGGUGAUGCUGCCAGUUCAGAGUUGAUAAACAUUCUCCGUGAGCUUGACAAAAUCCUCUUUGAGCACCUCAGGUUAAAUUGAACAGAUUUUUUUUUGUAGCAUUUGUGGGAAGAAAGUGAAGCAAUUACCUGCAUGUGUGUCAGGUGAACACACAUCGUUUAAUGACAUUUUGGGGUUUUUGAUAGAUAGUUAUUUUUAAAUGAAGCUACUUUUAAAGUAAAAUGUACUCAAUUCGCUUUAGAGGAUAAAAUGUAUUGAUAAGAAGCCGUACACCAAACUUAAAGGGAAUUGUGGGACAUUUUGAAUAAAAGACAAGUUUUGGGGAGAAAAGCAUAUUUCCCGAGUCAGGAUUCUACGACAAGAAAAUGUUUGAUUUCUUUUUGAUUUUCUUUUUGUAGGCUUUAUGAAACAGAUAUUAAAUAGAUUUAUUUCUAGGGUAAAGGAGAGCUUGUUAUGAGAAUGUUAAAAGUGCCUCUGCCCCAAAAGGAAUAGGUUAUACACAGGAAUGAUUUCAUACACAUUGCAUUUAGUGCUUAUUAAAGAAAUGUUGCUCAAGUCAAUAACUGAAGGUCAGAAGCUUUGUUUGGCGCGAUGUCCAAGCAAUUUAUUGUGCAAGAUGACAGAGCAUUGAAGGCCGCGCACGCUUACAGACAUAUAGAGUCCAUAAACACACAUGACAGUAUUGAUUCCAGGCCAAAGGCCUCAAAUCCAUUUAGCAUCUAACUGAAUAGGAGUUUGGUUGUGACUAAACGGUGUGACAUGUAAA